UUUUAAUGGCAGUUUUGAUUUCUAUAUGCCUAGCCGGUUCAAUUUGGUUGCCUUAUGUUGUGGGAAAAACAGUCUUGUUGGUGAAACCAUUAAACGUGAUACAUCUUCCUUUGUCUCUCUUACGAUAUUUGACUGAUCCGGUGGUUGACCUUGUGAUUGACACUACAUUACCAUGGAUAUGGUCACUUAUCUUGCCGAUACUAAAAUCAGGAUGGAGUGCGGCCAAAAUAUUGUUUCCAAUAGUUAAAGAUUCAUCACUUAUGACCUAUCUACAAAACAUAACAGACAAGACACAAGACCUAGUAGUUUAUUCGGCAUCUUUCAUGACUGAAUUCUCUCCCAAUACCUCUAUAUCAACAUUGCAAAAUAUUACCUCCAUCGAAAAUACCAGCAUGCAACAUGUUACCGAGUUUCUAAAAGGUCAUAAUUUAACUGUUUUGGUAAGAAUCCUCGAACGAUGUCAUGGAUUCGCUUACGGGAAUACCCCGACGGACAAAAUUGUGUGUAUUCUUUUUGGAUACACGAUAGUUAUCCUUGUAUGCGCAUGGUACUUGACGCGCACGAGAAAUGCAUAUGGGCGUACUUUUGGUCGUGCAUUUCAAGAAUUGUUAAGGCAACAAGGGAUUGUUUUGAAGGUCGCAUUUUUUGUGGCCAUCGAAUUGGUGAUUUUCCCCAUAAUAUGCGGUAUUCUACUGGAUCUUUCGACGCUACCACUUUUUCCGGAGGCAACUCCGUCGACUCGUAUCGAUUUUUAUUUCGAGUCACCAAUCACUUCGACAUUCCUUCAUUGGUUCACGGGAACCGCAUUUAUGUUCCACUUUGCUGUUUUUGUUUCCUUGUGUCGUGAGAUUGUUCGUAACGGCGUGAUGUGGUUCAUACGCGACCCUAAUGAUCCACAAUUUCACCCAAUUAAGGAAAUAUUGGAGAGACCUGUGUGGACUCAGCUCAAGAAGAUUG